UUCUCCAUCGCAACUCAGCUGCAGCUCAUCAUCUCCAACCACAGUCCCCCUGUAUCACCUUCGUCUUUUCCAAGCAGCUCCAGGCAGGCAUUGUCUUUCUCCUCAUACACGUGUCGACGAUGUCGCUGGAGCCGCCGACUUACCUUGGUUCCCUACAGAACAACAUUCGUGCGCGCCCAAUUCCAUGGGAGGGCGCCGUGCGGGCUGGCAACAUCACGGAUGACCAGCUUAAGAAGAUCAAAGCAGUAGACAAGGUCCGCAAGGAUGCACGACGCCAAACAAUCGAAGGGGAUCUGAAGGGCUAUGUUACUUUGCUUUCCGGGGGUAGCGAUGGCAAGAGUGUCUUGGACUCAGCCUCCAGGAGGACUGAUAUCCUGCAGUACAUCCUCGUGUUGGCUAAUGAUUUGAUCAAUGAUGUCCCGUCUCUUGCAUCUUCACUUAUCGCGCAUCCAGAUCCAUACAGGCCAUUCCUACCGCUCCUCCGUCAUUCCACGAAUGCUGAAGAUCCCAUCCCGCUUCUCACAUCUACCUUCUUGACGACUCUUGUAUCUACUAGUCUUGUCUCUUCCACGAAGCCCGCUGCAAGAGAUGAGGAAGCUCUUCCCGAGCUAUACGGCUAUCUUUCCACUCUAACCAAGAACCAGGAUAGUGGAUUACAAGAUAUCGGUGUACAGGAUUUCUCUGCUUUACUUCGAACAAAGAGGUCGAGGGAAAUUUUCUGGAGCCAUAGGAAGGAGACCGUUGAGCCUUUAAUUGCGAUUCUCCGUUCUGCUGCUGGGGUGAAAGAGGGCGGGUCCAGCUCCACGACCCUAGUUGGAUCAAACAGUAUCCGCAACAUCGAGCCUGGGGUUACCGGCGGAGUUGGACUUCAGCUUCUGUACCGCAUCCUACUCGUUCUUUGGCAGUUAAGUUUCGAAGGCAGCUUGGUCGGAGAAGAUCUUCAAGAGGACUAUGAGAUCGUUCAGCUUUAUACUCAGCUUUUACGGUUAUCGCCAAAGGAGAAGACAACCAGGUUGCUACUCGCAACUCUGGGCAAUCUUUUCUCCUCUAAUCGGACGACGUUGCUUCCCGUAGCGGUCUUCGUCCGCCUACCUGCUCUUCUCACCAACCUCUCCGGUCGUCACCUAACGGAUCCCGACCUCCUGGAAGACCUUAGCUCCCUUUCCACAAUGCUGGAUGAGUACACCAAGACGCAAACGACGUUCGAUCAGUACGCUGCUGAAGUACAGUCAGGCCAUCUCCGCUGGUCACCGCCUCAUCGGAACCCUGCUUUCUGGAAAGAGAACGCGCGUCGCAUCCUGGAUGAGGCCAACGGCGCACUUCCGAAGAAACUGGCCGAAAUCCUGUCAAAGAGAUGGGACAACGACAAACAGGUCCUUGCCAUUGGGUGUCAUGACUUAGGGAACCUUGUGAAGGAAGUCCCUGAGAGACGGCAACAACUUGAGAAACUGGGCCUGAAGACCAGGGUCAUGGAGUUAAUGGCAGAUAGCGACGAGAGUGUGCGAUGGGAAAGCUUAAGAGCUGUCGGGGAGUGGCUUCGAUACACCUUUGAAUGAUGAACUGGCUGUUAUGGUAUCUGAACAGUGGGUGAUAAUAAAGUAUUGAGCUUUCUAGAACUACCUUAUCCUGGCGAUUAUGUCCAGCACAAUUUGAACUUCAUCAAUGGAUUCCCUAUAGACUGUCCUAUAUAGAUACAGCAUUUACUCAAAGCGGAAGUGAAUCUUCGAUCCAUACUAUGAAUCUCUAGGAUAAUAAUCAAGGGCAAACGCAAACACCAUUGGAG